GAGCGGCGGCGAGGCGGCGGCGGCGGCGGCCGAGGCAGGCAGAGGCGAAGGCGACGGGUCUGGACCUCCAAGGGCAGGAUGCAGGUCCGGGUCGGGCUGACGCUUCUGCUGUGCGCGGUGCUGCUGGGCUCGGUGUUGGCAUCCUCGGAUGAUGAAGGUAAUCGGGAUGAAUCCUUAGAUCCCAAGAGUCCUUUGCCAUCAGAUGAGUCAGGAAAGGACCAAAGCCCCACAGGCAGAGUGGUCGCGGGCCAGAUAUUUCUUGACCCAGAAGACGCAGAAUUGGAGUCUUCAAUUCAAGACGAGGAAGACAACCUCAAGAUCCAGGAGGGGGAACGUAUCGCCGAAGAAAUCAGCUUUCUGGACUCUCCGAGUCCAGACAAGGACUAUGAAGAUCCAAAGAAAGUGCAGAAGCCAGUCUUGACAGCCAUCGAAGGCACAGCACAUGGGGAGCCCUGCCACUUCCCCUUCCUCUUCUUGGAUAAGGAGUACGAUGGGUGCACGUCAGACGGAAGGGAAGAUGGCAGGCUGUGGUGCUCCACCACCUACAAUUACAAGGCAGAUCAGAAGUGGGGCUUCUGCGAAACUGAAGAAGAGGCUGCUAAGAGACGACAGAUGCUGGAAGCAGAAAUGAUAUAUCAGACGGGCAUGAAAAUACUCAAUGGAAGCACGAGGAAAGUCCAGAAGAGAGAAGCAUAUCGCCAUCUUCAGAAGGCAGCAGGCAUGAACCACACCAAGGCCCUGGAGAGAGUGUCCUAUGCGCUAUUGUUCGGUGAUCACCUGACACAGAAUAUCCAGGCAGCUAAAGAGAUGUUCGAGAAACUGACAGAGGAAGGCUCCCCCAAAGGACAAACUGCUCUUGGCUUUCUCUAUGCCUCUGGACUUGGCGUUAACUCAAGUCAGGCAAAGGCUCUGGUAUAUUACACCUUUGGAGCUCUUGGAGGCAACCUGAUAGCCCACAUGGUUUUGGGUUACAGGUACUGGGCUGGCAUUGGAGUCCUCCAGAGUUGCGAGUCAGCACUGACCCAUUAUCGUCUUGUCGCCAAUCAUGUGGCUAGUGACAUCUCGCUGACAGGAGGGUCCGUAGUGCAGAGAAUACGGCUGCCUGAUGAAGUGGAAAACCCAGGAAUGAACAGUGGCAUGCUGGAAGAAGAUUUGAUUCAAUAUUACCAGUUUCUAGCAGAAAAGGGUGAUGUCCAAGCACAGGUCGGUCUGGGGCAGCUGCAUCUGCACGGAGGCCGUGGGGUAGAGCAGAACCAUCAGAGAGCAUUUGACUACUUCAGUUUAGCAGCUAAUGCUGGCAACUCACAUGCAAUGGCCUUCUUGGGAAAGAUGUAUUCCGAAGGAAGUGACAUUGUUCCCCAGAGUAAUGAAACAGCCCUUCACUACUUUAAGAAAGCUGCUGACAUGGGCAACCCUGUUGGACAGAGCGGGCUUGGAAUGGCCUACCUCUAUGGGAGAGGAGUACAAGUUAAUUACGAUCUGGCCCUGAAGUAUUUCCAGAAAGCUGCUGAGCAAGGCUGGGUGGAUGGGCAGCUGCAGCUUGGUUCUAUGUAUUACAAUGGCAUUGGCGUCAAGAGAGAUUAUAAACAGGCCUUGAAGUACUUUAACUUAGCUUCCCAAGGAGGCCAUAUCUUGGCUUUCUAUAACCUAGCGCAGAUGCAUGCCAGCGGCACAGGCGUGAUGCGAUCCUGUCACACUGCAGUGGAGUUGUUUAAAAAUGUCUGUGAACGAGGCCGCUGGUCUGAGAGGCUCAUGACUGCCUACAACAGCUAUAAGGACGCAGACUACAAUGCUGCUGUGACCCAGUACCUCCUGCUGGCCGAGCAGGGCUAUGAGGUGGCCCAGAGCAAUGCCGCCUUCAUUCUGGAUCAGAGAGAAGCAACCAUUAUUGGUGAGAAUGAAACUUACCCUCGUGCUUUGCUGCAUUGGAACAGGGCCGCCUCGCAAGGCUACACGGUGGCUAGAAUCAAGCUUGGAGACUAUCACUUCUAUGGGUUCGGCACCGACGUAGACUAUGAGACUGCGUUUAUCCAUUACCGCCUGGCUUCUGAGCAGCAGCACAGCGCGCAGGCCAUGUUCAACCUGGGCUACAUGCACGAGAAGGGGCUCGGCAUCAAGCAGGAUAUCCACCUUGCAAAGCGCUUUUACGACAUGGCGGCCGAAGCCAGCCCCGAUGCGCAGGUGCCCGUCUUCCUGGCGCUCUGCAAGCUGGGCGCCGUCUAUGUCUUGCAGUACAUAAGGGACAUCAGUAUUCGAGACUUAUUUACCCAACUGGAUAUGGACCAGCUUUUGGGACCCGAGUGGGACCUUUACCUCAUGACCAUCAUCGCGCUGCUCUUGGGAACAGUUAUCGCCUACAGGCAGAGGCAACACCAGGACAUGCCUAUUCCCAGGCCCCCAGGGCCACGGCCAGCUGCUCCCCAGCAGGAGGGUCCACCAGAGCAACAGCCUCCACAGUAAUGGCCAUCCGUCCAGCCUUGAUCUGUGACCACUAAGGAACUUGGUUUGCUGAGAACACUUACACUUGUUUUAGGACUCCGGAUGGUGGCCACCUCCUGGAAGAGAUGCAAGAAAGCAUUGAGUUCCUCAAGCGGCUUAGAACCCGACGCCUUUAUUUUCAGGGAUGAGUAACUUAACAGAAACUAAGUUGAAUGUUUGUUCCAGUGCCAUAUAGAAUAACAAUUCUCAGUGGCUUUCCUCUUUUCUUUUUCUUCUUUUUUUUUUUUUUCCUUUCUUUCUUUCUGGAAGCAUACAUGAGACAUCGAAGUAAUGUCUGCCAUAUCCAGCUGUCUUUAUGGGGUCCUUUCUGUCAUCUCAGUGGGCAUAAGUUCUUAUAUCACCUCAUUAAGGUCUUGAGCAUUGACACUAAAAACUGAUGAACUUGGGAAAACCUAGUUAAUUGCAAGUUUAAACCAGAAACCUGCUUUUAAGUCUGAAAGUAGAACUUGCCUUUUAAGUCAGAGACAAAAAAGGAUGUCUUAAGUGUUUUGGAACUGUAGUGGCUGAGAGAAUCUGCCAGUCCACACACAAGUACACACACUCGACAUACUUCGUAUUUCAAGGGAUGAGGUUGCUUGUUCCUGGCGAUUAUGACACUUUAUGCCAUGCUUCUCUUCCUCAGAAACUGAAAGGUUUGUUUUAAGAAUUCUGUGUGAACUUCACGGCUUGGUAAUGGACUAGAAGGAAAACUCGGAGAGCUAAGGUCCUACACUAACGUGAAUUUGCCCACCUACUCAGCAUAUUGCUUAUUUGUUGGAGUAUAUAGACCCUUGACCCAGAAGCCAGAGGAUGGACUGAAUUGGAGAAUUCAAAAGCAAUAUUAAAAGACUUCGGAUGCUUUCCCGGAGGGGAGCAUCUGUUUCUAGGAUUUAUGUUCCUUUGCAUUUCUUAUUGCACAAAGAACAGGUCGAUCUCCCUCCUGAAUUCUUCACACAUGAAAUACUGUUGUUGGGAUAUGGCAGACACUGACUCACCUUCCAGUCCUAAAACUCACAGACUCGAAGUGAGUGAGGACAGCCUGUUUGUACCGGUCUGUAUGAUCAGGUAGCUCUUUACUUAGGCCAGCUUCAGAUAACAGUGGAAAGUCAUUCCCCUCUCAUAGUCACCAUCCUCCCUUAGCAACAUUAGGAAAUUCUAGACUAUUAUAUUUCAGAAUUGCCUGCUUAAACACACAGAAAUUAAGAACAUCACAUAAUCGCCCAAUUGAAAGAAUUGAAAUAUGCACACCUUUAAUCCCAGCACUCGGGAGGCAGAGGUAGGACGACCACCAUGAGUUCGAGGCCACCCUGAGACUCCAUAGUGAAUUCCAGGUCAGCCUGGGCUAGAGUGAGACCCUACCUCAAAAAAAAAAAAAGAAAGAAAGAAAGAAUUGAAACAAUCCAAAUUUAUGUUUUUUUUAAUCAUCAAAAGGUGGUGUUUGCCAGUCCUUACCCAGUCAGUGAGCUGACAUCAGCUUUAUGAAUAUUAAUCUCUAGCUUUUUCCCCAUAAUCCCCCAGCUGCCAGAAAACUGGAGUUUAUUACUUGUAGUGUUGUAGCACUUUGGGUUUUUGCCGGGUUUAAGUGGUCUACAGUGAGCGUGAAGGCUCUAAAUGUGGAGUUGUGCACAUUUCUGUGUGCUUACUGUAGCAUGGGAAAUCCAGAAAGCAAACUUUUCUCCCAGCUGCACACUUCCAAAGUGAAAGGUGGACAUAGAGAGGACUACUGCACGUAUGAAAGCGUAACUUGGAGAAGUAGAAAUACUUCUCUCCAAAGUGGAAUGUUGCUGUGGGCAGCUCUUGUAGGUGUCUUACGCGUACACAGCAUGGUGAGACCUUCAGUGCCCCCCACCCCACCUCCCCUCGAGCAGAACAAGCGUCGUUCAUGUAGUGGCCACACUUCACCUAGAGGCACUGUUGUAAUUUAUUCAGAAGUAACAGCUCAGGGCUCCCAGCUCCCUGCGCUUUGGGAGGCUAGGUAGAAGAGAAUCACUUCAGGAGUUCCAAGACCAGCCCGGCAACAUAAUGAAACCCCAGGUCACGAAGAAAUUAAUUUUAAAACUUAGAAAAUUCCCCUAAGAUAAAUGCAGCUUUUUUCCCUCUGCCAUUCACCUAAUAUUUGCCUGGGCGGCAUCUUUGUGUGUCUCUGCUUCCCAUGGUAAGUACUUGAAGAAAGCUUUUCGUAAAAUAGCACACACUGCCUAGAGCUGGGUGGGAAAGUGGACUCCCUCUUCGUGUUCUGGCAGACUCCUGUCAUGUUCCCCUUGCUGGCCUUGUUCGUUACGGAUUCUGCAGACUUCCUUUCCUUGGCUUGUUUCUACCCUGGGUCAUUUGCUCUCAGAAGUUUGAACGGUAUGUUCAACAGUAACUCGGUUCUAAGGCUUCUUUCAGACUCCCAGUCUGCUUUGUUCCCCCUUCCUGGUCAUUCACGGGGCAUGGUACCUAAGAAAAUAGGAAUCGGGUUUGGUAUUUCUCCAAAAAACAAUGCACAACCCUUACCUAAUCAAAUGGCAUCCAUUUGAAUAAAGUGGCAAUAAAGCUAGUUAAUGUCAAUGACAUUAAGCCAACUCCAGGAUUCAGGAGUUCUAGUGUUAGGAUUUAGAUAUACCAGAUAGAGCGUGGCUUUCCUGCCCCGCCCUCCCGCGACUCGGCUGUCCUCCUCCUUCCUCUGCCCUUGAGCGCCCGCCUGGCUGCUUAACUGCUAGUUCUGAGCCCAGAGGCCAUCCACUUUGCUUCUGUCGUGUGUCACAAAGGUGGCAUUGGUGAGUUUUGUUCUUUAUUUUUGUGUUUCGAGUUUCUCUACAUUUUCUGGUGAGGCUUAGUCUUGGUUACUAGUCAGUGGCAUAAGGAAAAAAAAAAAAGUGAAUCUAAGACUGCUUUUAUUUCCGAGAUUUGCUAACACUUAAACCAGAUGAAUUUAUAAAUAAAUCACUAAUCGUCAUCGUCUUAAAGAUUUGCUUCCCUCUGCAUACAAGGUUGGUCGUCACUAAUCUGUCCUGUAUGUACUAUUAAGACGCCUUAAAUGCUUCUGCCAGUGACUCGAUAGUGAGCUCAUGACCAAUGGGAUUGAAGAGCCUCCAGGAAAUAUGUGUUCUAUAAAUAGGAUUUUGUUUUUCACUUGGAUUAUUUGUUUUUCCCCUUUCUCCUCUGCUCCUGUUUGUUCUUCCAUGUUUUAGAAGUAGGCUCUUCUGGGCCUCUAAAUGAAAGCUUCAGUUCUUCAUGUGUGUAGCAUGCAUACCCAUGUCUAACCACAUGUGCAAAACCUCUUACAGUGGCUUGAACUAAUAUUUCACAUGUACAUUUCAAAACAAAAUGCUUCAAGUAAACACCCCCUUGCCCUGCCUACAAAAACAGGGCACUAUUUGCUCCAAUGACAGCUGGUAUUCAAAAGUGAAUCUAAAGUAGGAUUAUACAAUAUGACUAAACAUGUGCAAGAAAUAAGAGCAAAAGUAUUUUUAUGCAAAAUUUUUUCAUCAGUCAUUGCUCAACUAUAAGUGAAAGUAUAAAAGUUCUGAAUGUCAUAUAGUCUGAGAUAUAAUCCGGUUUUAAAAUGUGUAGUAUUCUUUGAAAAGAAACUAAAUUUCUUCUAAGUCCCAAGUAAUGAUGAUUUGUAUCUUGAAGUAACUAUUUGCACCAAUAAAAUUCUGAUUCUGUGUGCAUGAGAAGGGUCCUUUGGUUAUGUGAGGGGAAGCCGUUUAAUAUGCUGGUUUUACUAUUUAUUCACAAGCCAGCCAACACUUUUUCUUUGAUUUAAAAACAAUGCUGUUAUGAUCAAAGUGUGACCACUAUAAAUAGAUGAGGAAGUAACACCAUGGUAGACAUUUUUGUAAAUUUAUUUUCUAUUUAAUGAAGUGGAGUAUAAAGGCUGGUGAUGUGUAAUAUAAUUGUGUAAACAAAUCCUGUUAAUAGAGAGAUGUACAGACCUGUUUUGUACUGUGUCUUGAAACUUGUGAAAUAAACAUCUCACCUCUG